UACUAUGCAUAGCGCGCAUCGACGAGCUUCACACUUGGAGAGACAACCGUCCGCGUUGAGCAGCCUCCAUGGCAAAGAACGGAUAUCCAACAUUAUACUGCUCCUCUUGCUCCAUUCGUGAGCUCUACGGGUGUCCACCGUGCAGGCCACCUGUCCGAUUUAUACGCCGUUGAGCAUGCACGCAACUUCGCAAUGUGGGGGAGGAUCAAGAUGGCACAGUCGGGAGUCCCUCUCGAGCAACUCUUUGCAUCCGAUGGACCGGGCAAAUCAUUCUCACUUGUCCCAGAACCACGCUCCUCCGUCCCCCUUCAGUGGGCCCACUUCGGUCCUGGUGCCAUACCGAACGCCCUUGCAGACACACCCUGCGCUGCCAUGAACGUCACAGAGCUGCUGGAGCGACUCAACGACGUCCUCGGGACCAGCUACUCACUGAACAAGCCGGGGCUGGAGCAGUGCCUCAAUCACUUUCUCCGUUCCUCACGAGACUUUGGCCAAGUCUACGGUUCUCUACGACCCCACUGGCAGUCCGGCUUCGCUCAGCUGCUCUCCAACCUUACUAAAAAGCGAAACAAGGACGAAGUGAUGCGGCAAAACGUCGUAGAUGGUAGCUAUAUCAGCAACGCGCGAGUGCUCCCACGACGGGUAUGGGACCUCUACAGUAAUCGCGUCCUGCCCUUCUAUGCCAUUAAUCCAAGUCGCGACUGGCUCGAUAUCCCCACGUAUGUCUGGACGGUAUCGCACAGCUGGGUCCAUGAAAGCGCUCGCACCUAUGUCUCGACCCCGAUCAACGACCACGAGUGGCCCGUUCCCACCCCGAGAGACAUCACCCUUGACCACGUCCGAGUCGAGCUCCUUAAUCUCGGUGCUGAGUAUGUCUGGAUGGACGUUCUGUGUCUGAGACAACGGGGACGUCCAGAAGAUGAGGAGCAGAGGAAAGAGGAGUGGAAGCUCGACGUCCCUACCAUCGGUCGCGUCUACUCGUCCCCACCCGUACCGUGCGUCACGUAUUUUAACGGUCUGGGCCUUCCUUUCGACCCGUCUCCAGAAGUAUUGUCUUCCGAUCGCCACUGGUCCAACCGCGUCUGGACGGCGCAAGAGGCCACCAGGUUUUGGUUGCCUGGUGGAACCACCGGGACGGUAUCUGCGGACACGUGGCGUUUCUUCCGAGAUCACCUCCCGCGAUCUAUACCAUCCAAGCACGUACCAUUAUUCGACGCCUUGGCCUUUGGGGUUCCGGCAAUGCGGGGACGUCACUGCACCACAGAGCUCGAUAGGAUUCACGGCCUCGCAUACCUUCUGAACUGCGAGACGCUGCCAAUAUACGACGAAGACAUGUCGCCGGACCGCGCUUGGACCGCGCUUCUCAAGCAUGUGGAUCCACUUUCGCGAUGGCAGAUCGCCUUGCGCCACGUAAUAUGCUGCCCGGACGACAUCUCGCUGUUCCCUUCGUGGCAGGUCCUGAUGCAAUACGAGCAACCCGAGCGUGUCACUCAUACCUCGAGGCCUGACCACGGGGCGCUACUGAGUGUUCUGGACAAUUCGUGCCUUCAAAUGACUGAGCCAGGGAUCUACUUCCAUAAGGCCGUUCCAAUGUAUGGGCCCGUUGACAUCGAUCGCCAGGGGAAGAAAGACGAGUCCGGCCAUGAGACACUCAAGCUCCAAUCUCGAGGCGCAAGCGGCCGUCUCUCUUGCUAUGAGAUAGAAGAUUGCAGGGUUGGCGGUACGGUUCUACGAGGCGUAAAGUACGUCAUCUUGAAGCUCACCUGGGUGGUCUGGCUUGUUGCGGAGGUGACUGGAGAGCGGCAAGUCGGGGGUGAGUCAGCGCUGGAGGUGGUCAAGCGAGGAUGUAUAUCUGUUCCGUCGAACCAGCUCACACUCCCUCCAUGGUAUAACAAGUGUGUUGUGUAUAUCUCAGAGGAGGAAUACCAACAGAGGAAACGGGUAGCUAGCUGACUAUGCGAAGCCCUCUGCCACUGUGGCGAUUAUAUGUACAACAACGCUACAUCUGUCCACUGGUUUAGUAUGUAGUCACUGCAGAAAUUUCACAUGGUACUGAGACAUUACAUGCGCUAGUGACUCAUAGGUAUCCUAUUAACUGCGCACUAUGGUCACAGCGACUGUCAAAAGGCUUGGACUCCUGCGCCUCUGCUGGCGCUAGUCACGUAGUUACGCGCUAUAU